GAAUACGGGUGGUGAAAGAAGCUCUCGGGAGACACACGUGGGUUUCGUGCCUGUGAGUGUUCAGCAGCAUGGCCAGUCUCAGCUACGAAGGCUGUAAUUUCCUGCGCCAGAGGCUCGUUCUGUCCACGCUCAGUGGCAAGAGGGUGAAAAUCCGGAACAUCCGAUCCAGAGAUGACAACCCCGGGCUCCGAGAUUUUGAAGCGAGUUUUAUCAGGCUUCUGGACAAAGUGACCAACGGCACCAGAAUAGAAAUCAACCAGACGGGAACGGUGUUGUUUUACCAGCCUGGUCUUCUGUACGGCGGCUCUGUGGAGCACGAGUGUAACGUUCAGCGCUCCAUAGGUUAUUACCUGGAGUCUCUCAUCAUGCUGGCACCAUUCAUGAAGAAUCCACUCAAAGCAGUCUUAAAGGGCGUCACGAACGACCCGACGGAUCCCUCCGUGGACUUGCUGAAAGCCACUGCUGUUCCUUUGAUGAAGACUUUCGGUAUUGAUGGGGAAGGUCUGGAAAUAAAGGUAAUUAGGAGAGGCAUGGCACCAGGAGGAGGAGGUGAAGUGCAUUUUUCCUGUCCUGUACGACGAACAAUCAAACCCGUGCAGCUCACCGAUCCGGGCAAAAUCAAGCGGAUCAGAGGAACAGCAUACUCAGUGCGGGUGUCUCCUCAGAUGGCCAACAGGAUUGUAGACUCCGCCCGGAGCGUCUUAAACAAAUUUAUUCCAGACAUUUACAUCUACACGGACCACAUGAAAGGAGCCAGUUCGGGGAAGUCUCCAGGUUUUGGCUUGACUCUGGUGGCGGAGACGGUUAACGGGACAUUUCUGAGUGCAGAGAUGACCUCGACCCCACAGGGACAAGGAGUUUCGGUACUUCCUGAAGAACUGGGAAAGAAUUGUGCCAAACUUCUGCUGGAAGAGGUCUACAGGGGUGGCUGUGUGGAUUCGACCAAUCAGAGCUUAGCUCUCUUGUACAUGACGCUCGGCCAGCAAGAUGUGUCCAAAACUCUUUUAGGUCCCCUUUCUCCAUACACGAUCGAGUUCCUUCGACACAUUCGGGACUUCUUUCAGAUCCAGUUCAAGAUCGCGCAGCAGAAAGUAGAUGAAGAGGAGCGGAAAGGAGGAGAGAAAGUGCUGAUGACCUGCGUAGGUGCCGGUUACACCAACAUCAGCAAGACCAUCAAAUAGAGACUCCACUCAAACUGCUGCUGUGUCUCAAACUGUGAACUUGCACACCUUUCAAGUGUUUUAUUCAGACUGGGUUAAUACAACAAGAUCUAGUUGUACGAUAACUGCUUGGAGGUUGUUCUUGAGCCUCGUUUGGACACAACCGUAGGUGAGAUUUAGUACAAAAUGGGUUUUUUUGUGAACUUCCUGUCCAGCAGAAGUGUAUAAUAUGUGCUUUGAGACAGUCCUGUUUUGUUUUUUGUAAUUGUAGGUUAUUAAAUUUAUGAAAUAUGUACAGUUUCCAAAUAUACUUAAAAAAAAAAUCUUUGUCCAUC